UGGUGCUGCUGCCUUCUGGACACUCAGAAUCCAUCCCCCAGACUCAUGCAGGGUCUCCUUCUUUCUAUCCAGUGGCAUGGGUAGUAAGAGGGCUGAGGCUUCAGAGACCUCAGGGACUUCUUUCAGUACUCAGAGAAACCUCCUACACCCUGGUGAUGGCACAAAGGGACUGUUUUCUUGCUCUUGGUCUGAAUGACUGCCAAGAAGGAAGGCAAAGGUAGAGCAGUCGGAUCUCUGGCUCUCCCUGUAGCUUCUAACCUCAGACCUUAUUAAACUCCUUUCUGAGCCCAAGGACAAAGCUCACUUGAACAAAUGAUUUUGAGUCAUGAAUGAAAAAUCUUGCUCUUUCCAUAGUGAGAAAGAAUUCAGAGAUGGACAGGUUGAAAGCAUGUGUGCUGGGUACUGGCCCCCAUAUGACAAGGACAACAGUGCUCUGCUGGCUUUCAGAGAAAUUCCUAUCUCAGAGUUGAAGAACCACGGCAUCCUCCGGGUCCUGACAGCGGAAGCUGAUGGAUGGGAGCCAGGUGUUGUGAGUACAGAGGUGCUCAGAGCCCAAGAAGAAUGGGAAGCUGUGGACGACAUCCAGCCAGAGACAGGGAGCCAGGCCAGCUCAGACCAGCCUGGGCAGCUAAUCUCCUUCACUGAGGCCCUGCAGCAUUUCCAGACUGUGGACCUGUCCUCCUUCAAGAAAAGAAUCCAGCCAACUAUUCGAAGGACUGGGCUCGCCGCCCUCCGGCACUGCCUCUUCGGGCCUCCAAAGCUCCACCAGGGCCUCCGUGAAGAAAGAGACUUGGUCCUGACCAUUGCCCAGUGUGGCCUGGAUAGCCACGACCCAGUGCAUGGCAGAGUCCUCCAGACCAUCUACAAGAAGCUGACCGGCUCCAAGUUUGACUGUGCCCUCCACGGAGACCACUGGGAAGAUCUGGGCUUUCAGGGAGCAAAUCCAGCCACAGAUCUGAGAGGAGCAGGCUUUCUUGCCCUCCUGCAUCUGCUGUACCUGGUGAUGGACUCAAAGACCUUGCUGAUGGCCCAGGAGAUUUUCCGCCUGUCUCGUCACCAUAUCCAGCAAUUCCCCUUCUGUCUGAUGUCCAUCAACAUCACUCGCAUCGCAAUCCAGGCCUUAAGGGAGGAGUGUCUCUCCAGGGAGUGUAAUCGGCAGCAAAAGGUGAUCUCGGUGGUGAACAGCUUCUAUGCCGCCACUUUUCUCCGCCUCGCGCAUGUCUGGAGGACGCAGCAGAAGACCAUCUCAGACUCAGGCUUUGUUCUCAAAGAUUUGGAAGUACUGGCCAAGAAGAGCCCAAGGCGGCUGCUCAAGACCCUGGAGAUCUACUUGGCCAGAGUGUCAAAGGGACAGGCCUCCUUGUUGGGAGCACAGAAGUGCUAUGGGCCACAAGCCCCUCACUCCAAGGAUCUCACUUUCACAGGCGUGUGUGAUCUGCUGCCGCACUCAUCUGAAGGCACAUGGCUGAUAUGACCAACCCCAGAGGCUGACUGAUAGAAGGACUUAAAGGCUGGGCCACGGGGGCUUCUGGAGGGCACAUGGCAAACCAUGGCAGGCACACGCUGGCUGGGCCAAGCGCCUUCCUGUCUUAGCAGAAGGAAGGUAGGAAGCUCCUGGGCUUGGUUGGAGAGCCAAGGACCCUCACCUGCAUGAGACAUUAGGGGCAGUUAGACUUGACCCGCUCUCCGCACACCUGCCUCCAGUGAGAACUUUGCCAUAAUCUUAGUUGGGCUACAGUUUACAGAGUUGGGUUCCAGGGAAUCUCAGU